UAUUCACUUCUAAAAGAGAUAUAAAAUGAUUAUGCGUGCCGCUAGGUGUCUCCCUAGAGUGGUUACUUCCGGUUCCCGGACUUGGGUUUCCGGUUCUAGGAUUGUUCUUCCCUGCCCUGGGCAGAAUUCGCACAAAAUUCUUAGAGUUUCGCAACAUAUAACAUUUAACCGAUUUUAUAGCGCUGACCCAGCUGUUAAAGGAGAAGCUGUUCAGCAUGAAUUUCAGGCGGAGACCCGUAUGUUGUUGGAUAUUGUUGCUAAAUCCCUUUACUCGGAAAAAGAGGUUUUUAUUCGAGAAUUGAUUUCCAAUGCUUCCGAUGCUAUUGAGAAGUUUAGAUAUCUUAAUAUGACCGGGGAGACCUUAGAGCAGGCUGACCGCGCAACAAUGAUAAAUAUAACAACAGAUAAAGCAUACAAGACCUUGGUCAUCCAGGAUAAUGGAAUAGGAAUGACAAAGGAAGAAUUAAUCUCUAACCUGGGGACUAUUGCUAGAAGCGGAUCUAAAGCGUUUAUGAAGACUGUCAGUGAUUCAGGGAAGGUGGCUGCUAAGGAUAUAAUUGGACAGUUUGGUGUCGGAUUCUACUCAGCUUUCAUGGUUGCAACCAAGAUUGAAGUUUAUAGUAAAUCCUCUACUCCGGGUAGUACUGGCGUUCUAUGGACAUCAGAUGGAAGUGGAACUUACUCUAUUCAGGUACAGAGGGUUGCUCACCACUGUCAACUAGUCAGAAGAAGGUCAAAUUUACGCGACAUUUGCGACUUUGUGACCUCUGUUUUCACAAAAGAAGAUGAAACUCAUAUACCAAACUACAAUAUUACCCCACCAAUUUCAACAAUAGAAGAUAUAGUUAUCACUGAGGACAUGCCUCUAGAUAUAAUAUACCUGGACUUCGCCAAAGCUUUUGAUAAAGUGCCGAAACAAAGACUAAUUAAAAAGUUAGAGGCCCAUGGAGUUAAAGGAAAUGUACUCAAGUGGAUCCACAACUGGCUCACUGGAAGAAAACAACGAGUUGUUCUAAAUGGUAAAAGCUCAGACUGGUGCAAUGUUACAUCAGGUGUACCUCAGGGGUCGGUUCUUGGCCCACUUUCAUUCAUUGUUUUUAUCAAUGAUAUUGAUGGUUGCACGGAUAACCGUAUGAUAAUUAGUAAAUUUGCCGACGACACAAAACUGAGUCAUCAGCAGGAAGAUUCUCAUCAUAUUCAGGAAGCACUUGAUAAACUGGUGGUCCGGGCAGACACUUGGGGCAUGGCUUUCAACACAGCCAAGUGCAAGGUUCUUCACAUAGGGAGAAACAACACUGAGCAUGUCUACAACAUGAGGGGGGCUGAUCUCACAGUUGUUGAUCAUGAAACUGAUCUUGGAAUCAUUACCCAAAAAAACUUGCGACCUGGACUACAAUGUAAAGAGGCAGCAAAAAAAGCCAGAAUUGUUCUUGGCCAGAUCACACGGGCUUUUACCUAUAGAGACAGGCAUAUUUUUGUGAGACUCUACAAACAAUAUAUUAGGCCACAUCUAGAAUUUGCAAUUCCUGUCUGGACACCCUGGACUCAAGGUGAUAUAGAACUCUUAGAAAAGAUACAGAUAAAAAUGGUAGGGAUGGUUUCCGGUCUGAAAGGUAGGAACUAUCAAGAAAAACUUAAGGAGCUAGGUCUGCAAACCCUUGAAACCAGACGGAGAAGAUUUGAUAUGAUCCAAACAUUUAAGAUUCUCAAGGGGUUUGACCGUGUGGAUAGCAGUAUAUGGUUUGAAACUGUUGGGAAUGAACCUUCAAGACGAACAAGACAAUCUGCUUAUCAUUUGAACCUAGUUAGGAGGCAAGCAAGGACUGAUGUAAGGAGCAACUUCUUCUCAAACAGGGUUAUUGAACCCUGGAAUAGAUUGCCAACUGAACUGAAAGAGAGCAGGACUGUAGAUACUGAGUUACACAAUGAGUUCUAUAGAUAUAUCUCGAAUGGGUUUGAUACGCCCAGGUUUACUCUUCACUAUAGAACAGAAGCCCCUAUGGAUAUACGAGCUAUAUUUUAUGUACCAGAGGCAAAGCCAGGACUGUUUGAGACUAGCCGUGAGGGUGAGGUAGGUGUAGCACUGUAUUGUAGAAAAGUUCUUAUCAAAAAUAAAAUGGAAAACCUGCUCCCGAAAUGGUUAAGGUUUGUGAAGGGUGUAGUCGACUCCGAAGAUAUACCACUCAAUCUUAGCAGGGAAUUACUGCAGGAUAGUUCUUUAAUUAGAAAGCUUAGAACUGUCCUUACAAACAGAUUCCUACGAUUCCUUCAAGAGAGAGCCCGGAAGGAGACGGCCUCCUACCUUGAGUUCUACAGGGACUACGGGUUCUUCCUUAAGGAGGGGAUCAUCACCAGCACUGAGAAGAACGAGAAGGAAGAGAUUGGAAAACUACUCAGAUUUGAAUGUUCCUCUUUACCAGCUGGGGAAACAUUAUCUCUACCUGAGUACUGUGGUAAGAUGCAGGCCGGUCAGAGGGAUAUAUUCUACCUUUCAGCACCUUCUAGACAGCUAGCAGAGAGUUCUCCAUACUACGAGAGUUUAAGGAAACGUGAACUAGAAGUCCUGUUCUGCUAUGAGAGCUAUGAUGAGCUUGUCUUGAUGCAGCUCCAGGAAUUUGACAAGAAGAAGUUGACCAGCGUAGAGAAGGAAAUGAGACAGGAUAGUGAUGAAGCAGUGGCUAGCGAGGGUUCAUUACCUAUUACGGAGCAAAGUGAACUCAGUGAUUGGAUCAAAUCUACUCUAGGGCAGAAGGUGGCUAAAGUGAGAUCGACCGGAAAGCUGGAAUCCCAUCCAUGUGUUGUUACCGUAGAAGAGAUGGCGGCAGCAAGACAUUUUAUAAAAACCCAAGGUUCCAACUUCUCAGAGGAGCAGAGGUUUAAUAUUCUCCAGCCUCAAUUUGAACUCAAUCCUUCUCAUCCUCUCAUCAAGAAACUUGCAGAACUAAAAAACUCCGACCCUAUUCUAGCCGUGGCACUCACAGAACAGCUCUUUGCUAACGCGAUGGUUUCGGCAGGUUUGGUUGAUGAUCCUCGAACCAUGUUGAACAACAUCAACAGCCUGCUCACCAUGAUCCUGGAGAAGAGUAAUCCAACCCACCCACCAGUUCAACCCUCUCCUACAGACGUGGAGGAUAUUCCUCUUCAAUCCAAUGCUCAUCAGAAAAUUAAUUAAAUUAGAUUUUGAAUGUUUAAAGUUUUUAUAUUUUUGCAAUGUUUGAAUUGUAACUAAAUUUAUUGAGAGAUGAAGUACAAUGAAGUAAAAUGAAGUAAAUUGUAAACUUUAAAGUGUAUAAAGCCGCAUUUUAAUGCACUGCCAUGCAGAAAUUAUUUGCAAUGCUGCUGUUCUUAUAUUUCUACCAUUUUGUUAAAAUCUUUUAUGGCGCCAAUCUCAGAAAACAAAAUGGUGGCAACCUCGAGAUAUUAAAAUGGCGCGUAAAACUGGAGAUUCAAACUCUUAUGGAUGAUCUGUCAUGUGACCUCUCACAGUCAUCAGGAACCCAAACUUUAAUAAUAUACUGAAAAUAAAUUUAUUUUUCAUGGAACUUUUUGAGGUUUUUUUGUCUAAUUUCAAUAAAUGAACUUGGUGUUAAUAAAUUUUCUUGAGAACUU